AUGAGAAAACUUUAUUUAGACUUCAAAUAUUUGCCAACAAAUUUGACACUUUCUACACCAGAAUAUUUUAUUUUUGACAAAACAAAAAUUUCUAAUGAAACAAAUUUAGCUUUAGAGUUUCCAAUAACCAUAGAUUCUGAAUCAAAAAGAGAUGUUGUACUAAAUACAUUGCAUCUACAAUCAAAAUCCGUUUUGGAUUUGACAAAUAACGUGAAAAUUUUCACAAAUGUAUUGAAUGUUUCAACAUCAAAACAACCCAACAAAGUUACUCUUAAUACAAAAAUUCUGUCACUUUUAGAAGACUCUUUUACAACGAUAGAUAAGGUUAAUGGUGUAGAGUUCAUAGAUAUUCAUUAUUCUGUUUUUAAACUUGGUUUCAUACACAUAAAUAGUUUGAAAUCAUUAAAAGCAAAUAAUCAAACUAAGAGUAAUAUUGAGGAUAAAAAUAUUACUCUUAUAUAUGUUGAAAAUGCGAAGAAAGCAAAGUGUCCCGGUGGUUUGCAUGUUAGAUUUUAUAAUGAUGAUAUUGAAGAUCAAUUUUUCUAUGAUGGUGAUUGGGACGAUUUCAACAUCGAUUUUAUUUGUUUUGACUCGUUUGAAGUUAAUGAAUCAUGUUUAAGUUACGAAUUCAUCAGUCAUCACUGGGAUUUCAAUGGUAGUACUCGAACGUUUGAUAUGUCUAUUUCUAAAAAGAACUCACAAACAUGUAUUUCAUUGGUUCAUCGUGAUGCAGAUUCGAAAGAUGGAUCAAAGAAUCCUGGUGAUAAGAAAAUAAAGAUAAUAAUUUAUUCUCUUAUUGGUGUAUUAAUUGUUAUAAUCAUUGUUAUCAUUGCAGUUGCUGUUAUUUGUAAGAAAAGAAACAAAAAGAAAUAUAUUAUUCGAUUUGCUUCGGAUAAUGCUAGUGAAGCUUUGACUGAAUCAUUGCUUGCCAUGGAAUAG